UGCAAUCUCAGUUCACUGCAACCUCCAACUCCUUGGUUCAAGCGAUUCUUCUGCCUCAGCCUCCUGAGUAGCUGUGAUUACAGGUGCGUGCCACCAUGCCCAGUUAAUUUUUGUAUUUUUAGUAGAGAUGGGGUUUCUCCAUGUUGGCCAGGAUGGUCUCCAUCUCCUGACCUUGUGAUCCACCCACCUUGGCCUCCUAAAGUGCUGGGAUUAUAGGCAUAAACCACCACACCCAGCCAAAACCAUUGUUUUUCUAAAACAUGUUUGUAUUUAUGCAUAUUGUGUGUUAAUUCCUCUGUGCCUCAGUUUUCUCAUCUGUAAAAUAGGCAUCAUGAUGGUACCUACCUCAGAACUUGUUGCAAGGGUAUAAACUGAGAUAACAUAAGUAGAGUGCUUAGUACGGUGACUGACACAUAGUGCUAUGUGUUGGCAAUUAUUAUUAUUAUUAUUGUAUAGGCAGUAUCAGAAAGUUUAUACUACAGACUUUGACAGAGAUUACCUUUGAGUAGUAGAAUUGGCUUGAGGGGACAGCAGGCAAGAGCUGGCAGAGACUUCUACUUCUUACAUUGUGUAUUUCCCUAUAAUUGUUUGUAUGGAGGAGGCCCAUCCUUGACCAGUCACUGACCAAGGAGCCUAGACAGUGAAGGAAAUGGCAUUCUGGUUCGGUAUGCUUGUUGAGGCCUGCAGAAGAAGGUUUUUAUGGUAUUUCAGUGUCCAUAGACAAGAUGGAAUCAACUCCAUUCAGUAGACGGCAGUGGACCUCACAAUCAUUGAGGGUAACGGCCAAAGAACUUUCUCUUGUCAACAAGAACAAGUCAUCAGCUAUUGUGGAAAUAUUCUCCAAGUACCAGAAAGCAGCUGAAGAAACAAACAUGGAGAAGAAGAGAAGUAACACUGAAAAUCUCUCCCAGAGCUUUAGAAGGGGGACCCUGACUGUGUUAAAGAAGAAGUGGGAGAACCCAGGGCUGGGAGCAGAGUCUCAGACAGACUCUCUGCGGAACAGCAGCACUGAGAUUAGGCACAGAGCGGACCAUCCUCGUGCUGAAGUGAGAAGCCACACUGCUUCUGGAGCCGAAGCUGUCCAAGAGGAACAAAUCCACCCCAGAUCUAGAUUCAGGUCACCUCCUGAAGCCCUCGUUCAGUAUCGAUAUCCCCGCAUCAAGGACAGUGAGGAUCUUAAAGACCACUCAACAAAAAGUAAAAAAAUGGAAAAUUGCCUAGGAGAACCAAGGCAUGAAGUAGAAAAAUCAGAAAUCAGUGAAAACACAGAAGCUUCAGGCAAAAUAGAGAAAUACAACGUUCCACUGAACAGGCUUAAGAUGAUGUUUGAGAAAGGUGAACCAACUCAAACCAAGAUUCUCCGAGCCCAAAGCCGAAGUACGAAUGGAAGGAAGAUCUCUGAAAACAGCUGUUCUCUGGAUGACCUGGAAAUAGGUCCAGGUCAGUUGUCCUCUUCUACAUUCAACUUGGAGAAAAAUGAGAGUAGGCGAAAUCUGGAACUUCCACGCCUCUCAGAAACCUCUAUAAAGGAUCGAAUGGCCAAGUACCAGGCAGCUGUGUCCAAACAAAGCAGCUCAACCAACUAUACAAAUGAGUUAAAAGCCAGUGGUGGCGAAAUCAAAAUUCAUAAAACGGAGCAAAAGGAGAAUGUGCCCCCAAGUCCUGAGGUCUGUAUCACCCAUCAGGAAGGAGAAAAGAUUUCUGCAACUGAGAAUAGCCUGGCAGUCCGUUCCACCCCUGCUGAAGAUGACUCCCCAGGUAACUUCCAGGUUAAGAGUGAGGUUCAACAGCCUGUCCAUCCCAAGCCACUAAAUCCAGAUGCCAGAGCCUCCAGUCUUUCUGAAAGUUCUCCAGCCAAAGCAGUGAAGAAGUUUCAGGCACCUGCAAAAGAGACCUGCGUGGAAUGUCAGAAGACAGUCUAUCCAAUGGAGCGUCUCUUGGCCAACCAGCAGGUGUUUCACAUCAGCUGCUUCCGUUGCUCCUAUUGCAACAACAAACUCAGUCUAGGAACAUAUGCAUCUUUACAUGGAAGAAUCUAUUGUAAGCCUCACUUCAAUCAACUCUUUAAAUCUAAAGGCAACUAUGAUGAAGGCUUUGGGCACAGACCACACAAGGAUCUGUGGGCAAGCAAAAAUGAAAACGAAGAGAUUUUGGAGAGACCAGCCCAGCUUGCAAAUGCAAGGGAGACCGCUCACAGCCCAGGAGUAGAAGAUGCCCCUAUUGCCAAGGUGGGUGUCCUGGCUGCAAGUAUGGAAGCCAAGGCCUCCUCUCCACAGGAGAAGGAAGACAAGCCUGCUGAAACCAAGAAGCUGAGGAUUGCCUGGCCACCCCCAACUGAACUUGGAAGUUCAGGAAGUGCCUUGGAGGAAGGGAUCAAAGUGUCAAAGCCCAAAUGGCCUCCUGAGGAUGAAAGCAGCAAGCCUGAAGUUCCUGAGGAUGUCGAUCUGGAUCUGAAGAAACUACGACGAUCUUCUUCACUGAAGGAAAGAAGCCGCCCAUUCACUGUAGCAGCUUCAUUUCAAAGCACCUCUGUCAAGAGCCCAAAACCUUUGCCUUCACCUAUCAGGAAAGGCUGGAGCAUGUCAGAGCAGAGUGAAGAGUUUGCAGGCGGAAUAGUUGCUGAAAAGAAACAAGUGGAAAAUGCCAAGGCUUCCAAGAAGAAUGGGAGUGUGGGAAAAACAAGCUGGCAAAACAAGGAAUCUAAAGGAGAAGAGAUAGUGAAGAGAAGUAAAGAAGGUCAUAGUUUGGAGAUGGAGAAUGAGAAUCUUGUGGAAAACGGUGCCAACUUCGAUGAAGAGGAUAACAGCUUCCUCAAGCAACAAUCUCCACUAGAACCCAAGUCUCCAAAUUGGUCCAGUUUUGUAGACAACACCUCCGCUAAAGAAUUCACUACUCAGAAUCAGAAAUCCCAGGAUAUGGGAUUCUGGGAGGGAGAAGUGGUCAAAGAGCUCUCUGUGGAGGAACAGAUAAAGAGAAAUCGGUAUUACGAUGAGGAUGAGGAUGAAGAGUGACAAAUUGCAAUGGUGCUGGGCCUUAAAUUCAUGUUAGUGUUAGCGAGCCACUGCCCUUUGUCAAAGUGUGAUGCACAUCAGCAGGUAUCCCAGCAUGAAAUGUAAUUUACUUGGAAGCAACUUUGGAAAAGAAUUCCUUCUAAAAAAACAAACAAACAAAAAACCCUACCCCUACUGCAGGUUAAGUGAACCACUUCUAAAUGCUAGAGAUAACUUUACUUAAAUUCAUUUUAGCAGUGAUGAUAUGCAUAAGGACUGUAAGGCUUAUAACUGGGGAAAUAGUCCACAUGAUAAUAGCCCAGAUUCUACUGUAUUCCCAAAAAGUCAAUAUUAAAGUAGAUAGAUGAUUAGUAGUAUAUUGUUAAACACUAUUUUGGAAUUAGAGAACAUACAGAAGGAAUUUAGGGGCCUAAACAUUACAACUGAAUGCACUUUAGUAUAAAGGGCACAGUUUGUAUAUUUUUAAAUGAAUACCAAUUUAAUUUUUUAGUAUUUACGUGUUAACAGAUUAAGUAUUUAGUCUUUAAAUUUUUUUUGGUGAAUUUUCUUGCUAUGACAUAUAUAAGGAAUUGAUUACUUUGUGUCCUGCUCUCUACACCCUCAACUCUGCGUCUUGAGGUAUAACACAGCCAUCUUUUCAGAGCACUUUUUGAGGCAACUGAAAAAACCAACCUCCAUUCUUUGGUGCUUGGAGAGAUCUGCUAUCUCCCAAAUAAGCUUUUGUAUCUGCCAAUGAAUUUACUGUACUCCGAAUGAUUGCUUUCUUUACUGGUGAUAUCUGUGCUUCUCAUAAUUUACUGAAAGCUGCAAUAUUUUAGUGAUACCUUUGGGAUCACUAUCCCCCAUGUUCCAUGUUAGAGCAAACCGAAGAGUUUAAAAGAGGACUGCCUUAUACCACUUGAGCUCAGACCUCUGAACCCUGCAUUUCAUCCCUGAUGUCCCCUUUUUGAGAUACUAAUUUUUAAAUACUUAUUAGCUCUGAAAUAUAUUGAUUUAGAUCAUAGACAGUAUUCCCAGGGUAAAAUUAAACCAACUCUAGGCCUUUUUCUUGGGAUGAUUUUCUAGUCUUAAGGUUUGGGGACAUUAUAAACUUGAGUACAUUUGUUGUACAUAAUUGAUAUUCCAAAAUGUAUGAAUGGGAGGGAGAGGUGUUUUAAGCUGUAGGCUUUUCUUUCUACUGCAUUUAUAGAGAUUUAGCUUUAAUAUUUUUAGAGAUGUAAAACAUUCUGCUUUCUUAGUCUGGCUUAGUCUGAAACAUUUUUAUUCAAUAAAGAUUUUAAUUAAAUUUGAA